AUGUCCGUCAUUGAAACAUUUCCGCUGCCCCAAAAGGGUCAGUCCGAAAGACAGCAGCUGCUGAUUCUCACCGAUAAGCCCGACUACUACCUUUUGGAGUUCAAUUCGGCUCCCGAAAAUAGACUCUCCAAGGACUUCAUCGAUGCAUUUGUGGAGGCUCUGUACUAUCUGCUGUUGAAGAAGGGCGACUCGCCCAAACCGCUGGUGACCUCGUCGACCACCCCCAAGUUCUACUCCAACGGACUCAACUGGGAACAGGCCAAAAGCACGCCUGAAUUCUUCCACAGGUACCUUGGACGUCUGCAACGGGCAUUCAUCGAGUUCCCCUGGCCCACCAUUGCCCAUGUCAAUGGCCAUGCCUUCGCGGGCGCCUUCAUCGUGGCAAACCACCACGAUUUCAAGGUCAUGAACCCCAACAAGGGCUGGCUAUGUAUGAACGAGAUCAGCUUUGACGCAUCGCUGCAGGCGUGUCUAAUGUCCGUGCAUAGCCACCAAUAUGGUCCCCGUCUGGCUCGUAAGAUCUGCAUGACUGGACACAGAUUCACAGCGGCGGAGGCACUCAAGGAAGGUCUCAUUGACGCAGCUGGUGGAUGGCCUGAGGUCGACGAGUUGGCCAAGAAGAUCAAACCUCUGGUGGGCAAGUACAAUUAUCGGCAGAUGCGAAUGGCCAUCUUUGCGCCUGUUCUGGAACAGACCAAGAACUUUUAUCAUUAUGCUCGUCUCGACAAGGCUGCUCAGAACGAGGCUGAUGACUUCAGAAGAGAGCGAGAGGAGGAGAUCAAGGCUAAGUUGUAG